AUGAACUUACAGCUAACGGUGGCAAGAGCCUCCAGCAGCACAGCAUCAUCUUCCCAACUGGACCAUGAUGAGCUUGAGGUGGCAGUGACAGAGGCGGACACAGCUGCAGGGGCCUUUGAGGCGGUGGCAGACACUGCUGAAGGGGCCUUGAAGGCGGUGGCGGACACAGCUACAGGGGCCUUAGCAGCAGUGGCAGACACUGCUACAGGGGCCUUAGCAGCGGUGGCAGACACUGAUGAAGGGGCCUUGAAGGCGGUGGCAGACACAGCUACAGGGGCCUUAGCGGCGGUGGCAGACACUGCUAAAGGGGCCUUUGUGGCGGUGGCAGACACUGAUGAAGGGGCCUUGAAGGCGGUGGCAGACACAGCUAAAGGGGCCUUAGCGGCGGUGGCAGACACUGCUAAAGGGGCCUUAGCGGCGGUGGCAGACACAGCUAAAGGGGCCUUGAAGGCGGUGGCAGACACAGCUAAAGGGGCCUUAGCGGCAGUGGCAGACAUUGCUAAAGGGGCCUUAGCGGCGGUGGCAGACACAGCUAAAGGGGCCUUAGCGGCGGUGGCAGACACUGCUAAACGGGCCUUUGUGGCGGUGGCAGACACUGAUGAAGGGGCCUUAGCGGCGGUGGCAGACAUUGCUAAAGGGGCCUUGAAGGCGGUGGCAGACAUUGCUAAAGGGGCCUUAGCGGCGGUGGCGGACACAGCUAAAGGGGCCUUAGCGGCGGUGGCAGACACUGCUAAACGGGCCUUUGUGGCGGUGGCAGACACUGAUGAAGGGGCCUUAGCGGCGGUGGCAGACAUUGCUAAAGGGGCCUUGAAGGCGGUGGCAGACAUUGCUAAAGGGGCCUUAGCGGCGGUGGCGGACACAGCUAAAGGGGCCUUAGCGGCGGUGGCGGACACAGCUAAAGGGGCCUUAGCGGCGGUGGCGGACACAGCUACAGGGGCCUUUGAGGCGGUGGCGGACACUGUUGCAGGGGCCUUUGUGGCGGUGAAGGUGGCAGCUGUUGUAAGAGGGGCCAUAUCCUGUUGA